AUGGUACCUCUUCAGAACCAAUAUAGUGUGGCUGUGCCCUGUGACCCCAGAGCAGGGUCUUAUGCUGGGUGGGGGGGCACCGUCUGUGCCUCUGCAGCUGAGCGGGUGACCUCUCUGGGGAAGGACUGGCAUCGGCCUUGCUUGAAGUGUGAGAAAUGCGGGAAGACGCUGACGUCAGGGGGCCACGCUGAGCAUGAAGGCAAGCCUUACUGCAACCACCCCUGCUACGCCUCCAUGUUCGGGCCUAAAGGUUUUGGGCGGGGUGGAGCUGAGAGUCACACUUUCAAGUAAACCCAGGUCAUGGGAACACUGUCCCCGGCUGCCCACCGGGCCACUGCCCCUCCAGGCUGAUUGCAGGCCUCAUCCGCAGGCACCCGGGGCCCCCUGUCAACUCCCAUGCCCUCAAUAAAGUUGAACACUCAAAAAAAAAAAAAAAAAAAAAAAA